GUCUGCUAUGGACAUGGCAUGAAAAACAUUUGCACAUUUUUCCUAAACUCGAUGACGUAAUGAUUCGAGUAGUAACUUUAACGUCUAGACUAACUUCUAGAUUAGCAAAUCCUGCAUUUUAUCGACCAACUAAUUCCCAAUGGUUUACAAAUAAAGAUGUGCAUAAAGUUAGCUGGUUUGUUAGAUCGUUCACUAAUAGCCGGUACCGUAACAAUAAAACUGGAUAUCAAGGUGGAGAGAAAAACCGGUCGACCGUUUAUUAUGUAGUUGCUCUUGGUGUACUUGUUGGUGGUAUGAGUUAUGCAGCAGUACCUCUUUAUAGAUUAUUUUGCCAGUCCUACAGCUAUGGAGGUACAACAUCGUCUACUCACAAUCCUGAAGGUCUGGAGAAACUAGUGCCCAACCGUGAGCGGAUUAUAAAAGUCAGGUUUAAUGCUGACACAUCAUCAAGCCUCACAUGGGAUUUUAAGCCUCAACAGUCUGAGCUUAAAGUCGCCUUAGGAGAAACAGCUUUGGCAUUCUAUACUGCCACCAACAGAACCUCCAAACCCAUCGAUGGAGUCAGCACUUAUAAUGUUGUACCCUUUGAAGCUGGGCAAUAUUUCAACAAGAUUCAAUGUUUCUGUUUUGAGGAGCAGCGACUUAACCCCAACGAACAGGUCGACAUGCCAGUCUUCUUCUAUAUCGACCCCGAUUUCGGAGAAGAUCCACGAAUGGAAAAUAUCGAAUCAAUCACGUUGUCUUAUACUUUCUUUGAAGCCAAAGAAGGGGCAGCUUUGGUCAAACCGGCGUAUGCUAAGUGAAAAUUUCCUUUUGUUUCUUCUAUCGGUGUAACUGUUUAAAAAUUGAGUAAUUGACACCAUUUGAAUUAUUUCUGGUGGGUUGUAGUGUAAUCUACUUUGUACCGUGCAGUAACUUGAUUGAAAUCUAUUUGUUCCACAACCAUCA